AUGUUCGUUCCUCCCAUUUCCAACGCUGCGUCGCACCCUUCACCACCUCGAUUCCCAGCGCAACCGAAACCCCUGCAACCCGUCUUCACGUUUGCCCAGAGCCAGAGCUGCAUGUACUUUGGGAUGGAUAUGUUCGAACAAGCGGAUAGAGGCGACAUCAGAGAUGCUUGGGCCGGAAUUGGUGGUGGUGUCUCUCUGCUUUCGCCACAGACAGCAUAUAAGAGCCCGUUACAGCGCGCUGGGAAAGCAUUGCGGACGCAGCACGCAGGCACAAGUUCCGCGUCGUCUACAAAGAACGAUGCGGCGGGCGCUGUUUUUCCAGCAGUGUCCACCAAACUUUUCGACCAGAUGCGUCUGCCGCGUCAGCGUGUGAAACAGUGCUCGACUCCUGUCUACCAAAAUUACUCUCACAAACUGCUUCCAGCCGUUCAAGGGUCAUCUCUGCAGCUCGAAACUUCAGGAAACGGUUACAAUGGCUCUGGCAAAGGACGUGAAGAUUGCGGUGGUAUCGAUUUAGUCUCCAGUCCUGAGACGAAAGCGCAAACAGAACAAACUGAGGACAUGGGCUUACUUUCUUCUCUAUCUAGUAACCCGCGCACACAAAGGCAACCCUUCAAGCCGCAAAAGUCGGGUCGGGGCACAAGCAGUUGGCAGCUGAAACAGUAUGCCGAGGCGACGCUAGGUAGCGGAAGCUUGAGGAAGGCGGUCAAGCUGCCGGAGGGCGAAGACAAAGACGAGUGGCUGGCCGUUAAUGUGGUCGACUUCUACAACCAGAUUAACCUUCUCUAUGGCUCCAUUACCGAAUUCUGCUCACCGCAGACAUGUCCCGAGAUGAAGGCUACAGACGAAUUUGAAUACCUGUGGCAAGACAAUGAGGCGUUUAAGAAACCCACAAAAAUGUCCGCCCCGGAGUACAUCGAGCACCUCAUGGCAUGGAUCCAAUCCAACGUCGACAACGAGGCCAACUUCCCAAGCCGUAUCGGCGUCCCCUUUCCCAAAUCCUUCGCUGCCCUCAUCCGCAACAUGUUCAAGCGCCUCUACCGUGUCUAUGCCCACAUCUACUGCCAUCACUACCCGGUCAUAAUCGAGCUGGGUCUGGAGCCGCAUCUCAACACCAGCUUCAAACACUACGUCCUGUUUAUCGACGAGCACGGCUUGGCGAGUGGCAGCAAGGACUUUUGGGGGCCGUUGGGCGACCUGGUAGAGAGCAUGUUGAGGAGUGACUAG